AUGCCUCACCAUCGCCAUCGAAACCGACAGCACCACCACCAAGCUGUGGAACCGCAGCGGCAACCGCCAGCCCGGGUGGCAGAACGGAAAAGAGAGCCCGACCCACACUCCACGAUGGCCUACGUCUUGGCGGUUACGAAAAAAUACCUCCCCAUCUUCCUCGGCGCCUUCGCGCUGAACUGCAUCAUGGUGCUGACCGAUUACCGCAAGCCGGGCCUGCUCACCUCCGCCUGGCCGCUGCGCAGCAUGCCCAGGCACGAGUGGGCCGUCUACACGCUCGCCCUGCUGCCGUUUUGGCUGUGGGCCGUCUUCAUCUGCAUCGUCGUCAACGGCGUCCUGACCAACCCCGAGUCGCCCGGGUCCAUGGCGAGCGGCGUGGCCGUCUCCACCAUCAAGGUCCUCUACCUCGUCUACAACAUCGUGCCCCUGUACCUCCUGCUGAGCCGGUACGCGCCCGCCGAGAACCGCGGCGUGUUCAGGGAUGCCUCGGUCUUGGUGUGCCACGGCGUCAUGGGGAACGCUAUGCUGACCUGCACUGCUCCGUGGAAACUAGCCGCGUUCAGCGACUGGAUCUGGUGA